ACACGCUACGCGUUAGUUUGCUGGCGCCCGGUAUCCAUUGAGCAGGUCUUUUUCUCGCCGCGAUUCAACUCAUCCUUUCAUUUAUCUCCAAGGUCGGAAACGAUAGACUUGAAAAGAACAAAAUGCUGAAGCUAGGAGCUCUGUCGCUGCUCCUUAUCGUUGGACUCGUAAAAUAUAUCGGGUACAAGGGAGAGCCUGAGGUACCAAAUCUACCUGGUGACCAGUAUUGGGGACAGGGUAAACCUACAAAGAUCGACGAAAGCAUCCGGCCGUUCAAGAUCGACAUCCCAAAAGAGGUUAUAGAUGACCUGAACAAACGUUUGGAACGGACGCGGUCGUUAAGAAAGCCGCUGGAAGGUGCAGGAUGGACUUACGGCAUGAACAGCGAUUACUUCAAAACGGUAUUGGAAUACUGGAGGACAAAGUACGACUGGAGUAAACGCCAGGCACUUCUCAACAAGUAUCCCCAGUUCAAAACCAAUAUUCAAGGUUUGGACAUCCACUUCUACCAUGUCAAGCCUACAAUUCCAAAGGGUAGUUCAAUACGAGUUCUUCCUCUGCUGCUCAUCCAUGGCUGGCCAGGAUCUAUUGUCGAAUUCCAAAAAAUCAUCCCCCUUCUUAUGACGCCACGUUCAAAUCAGGAUUUCGUCUUCGAAGUGAUCGCACCAUCGCUUCCAGGAUACGGAUUUUCCGACGGCGCAACUCGACCAGGCCUCGGAAAUCCUCAGGUGACAGUGUUGAUGAAAAAUCUGAUGACUCGGCUGGGAUUUGAGCAAUUCUACACUCAAGGUGGCGAUUGGGGAAGCAUCGUCACCGCAAACAUGGGAGUUCUUUAUCCCAAGAGCGUUUCUGGUAUACACCUAAACUUUUGCUUGCAAAACUCCCCGUCAUCCACUCUGUGGUCAAUCAUCGGCGCCUACAUUCCAUCUCUAGUUAUCAGCGAUGAACAUUGGUCAAAAAUGUAUCCUCUUAGUCAUCACUAUUCCCGUCUUCUUGAAGAGACAGGAUACAUGCACAUCCAGGCGACGAAACCCGAUACCGUCGGAAUCGCUCUUUCCGACUCUCCUGCCGGUCUGGCUGCAUACAUUUUGGAGAAGUUCAGCACCUGGACGAAUCCCGAAUACAGGUUCAGCCAAGACGGCAAAUUGUUAGAAAAAUUCACCAUGGACGAGCUGUUGGACAAUGUUAUGAUCUAUUGGGUGACCAAUUCUAUCACUACCAGCAUGCGCUUGUACGCCGAGAGUCUUAACUCGGCAACUCGAAGUCUCAAACUUGACGUGUUUCCCAUCAAGACGCCAACGGCCUGCGCCAUGUUUCCGAACGAGAUCUCGUAUCAAUCAGAGUCUUUGCUGCGAUCGAGAUAUACGAAUUUGAUUCAAGUAAACCACAUGCCUCGGGGCGGUCAUUUCGCCGCUUUUGAGGAGCCGCGGCUUCUUGCUGACGAUCUCUGGUCUUUUGUUAGUAAGGUGGAGAAGAAAAAACAAAAUGAAAAAACUGCGAAAUCUUCAGAAUUGUAAAACAAUCUUUUUCAGGGUUCGAGAUAUUUUUUAUACGUUUUAUUAUGUGUACCGAUAUUGAAAAGUUGAAAUAACCUGAA